AUGGAGGGUGAGGCGAACGGGACCCUCCACCCGGAGUCCUGCGGCUCCGGCCAGCCGCCCUACUCGCGGGAGCUUCUCCAGAGCCUUGACCUACCAGGGAGAUUUCUCUUUGCAGUCUUGACUCUGAUGACACUAAUUGCCAAUCUGGUGUUUAUAGAGGAAGCGGCCUACAUCUACAGGAGAAUUCCCUCCUUCAAAAGAUCAGUGAUAAUUUGGAUUAAUGCUGCAGCUCCAGUGAUUGCUACUACUUCGUGCAUUGGCAUGUGGAUUCCUCGCUCGACAAUGUUUACAGAUUUCACAGCAGCAGUAUUUUUUGCCAUAGUUAUCCACAAGUUCCUGAUGAUGAUGAUUAAAGAGUGCGGAGGUCAAAAGCUGCUCCUCAAGCGUUUUGAAAAUGGUCACUUCAAGAUCAGCACCGGUCCCUGCUGCUGCUGCUGCCUUUGCCUCCCUCGUGUGCGCAUCACUAGACGAACUCUCUUUUGGCUCAAGCUGGGCACCUUUCAGUUUGCUUUCCUUCGACCCGUGCUCAUGUUUUUAUCAAUAGUGCUUUGGACUAAUGGCAAUUACACCCUUUACAAUUUAUCUCCCAAAGGAGCUGCAAUAUGGAUUAACUGCUUUGUUGGUGUCCUCACCAUUAUUGCUCUGUGGCCAGUUGCAAUCAUGUUUCAACAAGUUAGGACUCUCCUUAACUGUAAGAAGAUCAUCCCAAAGUUUGCUCUUUAUCAGUUUAUUCUCAUCCUGAACCACUUGCAGGCAGCUAUUAUCAACAUCUUGGCCAUGCAAAGAAUCAUUCCCUGUGCUCCACCACUCUCCUCUUCAGCAAGAGGAGCAUAUAUGACCCAGCAGCUCCUCAUCAUGGAAAUGUUUUUGAUAACCCUAAUCUCAAGGGUUGUCUAUCGGAGAAGGUCCUGUGAGCUAGAGCCUCCAGAGUGUAUGGCUGAAGAAUCUGAGGCCAACAAGCAGACUCCUAAGAUUAUCCUGAACGGCGCAGUUAAUGAAGAUGGAUUGCCAAGGUUUUAG